CCCAGGUAACCUUUUGUGUGCUCCACAAUAGCGUCGACGUUUGGUACAUAAGCACAUGCACUGGCACUGUAUCACCCCCUUAUCACCCCCUUACAUAUCCAUGCAUCACUAGCAUCACUCAUGGCAUUACAGACUUUGAUAGCCCUCAUCUUUGCCUUCAGGUCUAUCCGCCGGACAAGGGAAUCUGACCCAGAAAAGGGUCCGGAGACCCUCAGUGAAACUCCCAAUGUAAAAAGGCGCGCUCACAACGACGACGAAGGGGACGCGGACGAGGAGAAAGCCAUGGCCCAGGAAAUGCAUCCGGACGUAGACGUUGACGACGAUGAGGGUGACUCACCCCCAGAUGAAUCUGUCUCGGGCCCGCAGACCGGCCCGCUCCAGCUGCCUUCCCUCGGUUCUCCUAACAAACGUCCAUCGUUGUUUUCUUGGGCGAAGACAUUCAUGUUUCCGCCCUCAUCGGGAGACUUGUCCUACGUACCAAACUACCGGUCCGCUCCCCUUAUAACUGGCAUCGUGAUACCAUUCUCGAUCUUGCUCGAGAUUCCAGGGCUUACUGGGCGCUGGUACAUCCGCACCGAGAAUUAUAAUACCGUCCAGACUCGUUCUAACCCAGUCUUAUUGGAUAUUGGGCUUGCAUUUAGUAUGACUUGUGCUGUCCUCGCUAAUGUAUGUAUCAUCCUAAGGUUUCUUGAGAAGCGGGUCAUGACAAUGACAAUAUUAUGUAUCGUGUUUCUGUCCAUCCAUGAUAUUAUCAAUAUUGUCGCUCUCACCAUCUUCGGCGUGAUUCACCGAUUUAACGACGGGUAUACCUACGGCGAAUCCUUCUGGAUGACUGUCUGCUCCACCGUCGUAUCGGUCAUUACCAAUGUAACUCUUAUCAUAGACUUCAUUUACACUCCCAAUUUCAAGACAAGCGGCAGUGGCCUCACCCGCAAGCAGCGCACGCUAAUGAUAAUGCUCAUAAUCCUAUUUAUCUACAUCGCACUUGGCUCUUUAGUCAAUUCGUUCCUGCUCUCUCUGAGCUUUAUCAAUGCGCUUUACUUCACCGUGACGACAAUCGAAACUAUCGGCUUUGGUGACAUUGUGCCCAGUUCACUCGGAUCAAGAGUAUUUAUCUGCUUUUAUGCUGCAUUUGGUAUCGUGAAUCUUGCCGUGGUGGUUGGUAUGGUACAAGAGACGGUGAGAGAAGGGCAGCAAGUCGGUUAUUUACGUCGCCUACACGGUAUGCGAGAACGACGACGUGCAUCACGGCGACGAAGGAAUGCAGAAAAGCGAUGGCGGUCGGCGGUUAUUUGGAGAUUGCGAGACAAAGGUGCAACAGUGUGGGUUCGAAAAUACCGUUCGACAUCCAACUCUCUUUGGGCCGAGGUGAAGAGAAGGUUUUUUAGCGCUACAGAAAAGAUCCCGCACCCUUUGGAUCAUUCCCGGGGAAAGCGUCUGAACCUCGAAGCGCUCACACACCCUGAGUUGAAAGCGGCAGCGAUGGAGGCGGGCGUUCCACUUGACACACUGCUCCCACCACAGUUUUACGAAGCGCAGAUGCAGAAUGAUAAUGACGACGACAAUGCUGAUGACUUGGAGAUUGCAAGCACAUACCCCGCCUUAUCUGUCCCGCAUUCAGUGUAUGGAAUGAAUGUGCGGCGCGGCGCGGAUCGAAUGCUAACACACCAGCGGCUUGGUGCUAUGGCAGCGCUCCUAACGAGAUUUGCGAUUGGAGUUUCCCUGCAACACGAAGGACCUAUACUACAGGCCACUGUCGGCGUCAAACGUCCUAGCGAAGACUCUGCUUUGAACAAUAGAGGUGGCUUGAGCGCUGGCGCGGACGGCUCAGUUGAAGGCGAAUAUAGCACUGGAAGCUCUACGACACUCGAAACGACCUCGAGCAGCGACGAUGUAAACGUAAAAUUUGACUCAAUGGUUGCGAACAAGGAGAAGUGCGUUCUUUUGAUGCGCUCAGCCUUUGCAUGGACAUUGUUUGUUGUGUUCUGGUUGGUUGGCUCUGCAAUAUUCAGUCUGACUGAAGGCUGGUCAUAUGGCUCAUCUAUAUAUUUCUGCUUUAUUGCAUUCACAACGAUCGGGUAUGGUGAUCCUGCGCCCAAGACGCCUGCAGGGCGAUCUGUGUUUGUCGUGUGGGCCCUGCUCGGCGUUGCCACAGUGACCGUAUUGGUUUCUGUCGCCUCCGAGGCCUACUCAAAGCGCUACAAGGCGAUGCUCCAAAGCGACUCUUUCGAGCGAGCCGUCACGAUGUACCGCACUCGCACAAACAAGAUGUAUAUGACGAGGACCCGGUCCCUGUCCCUAUCUGAACCCCAGCAUCCGAGUCAAGCCCAAAGCCCAAUUGACAUCCAGACUCAGUCGUUGACUCCAACCUCUCCAAAUGUCCGCUUCCAACCCCACGUUCCUUCUUCAGGUCUCCGAAUACGCACUACGUCUCUCGAGCAGGACGAUGAUGGUGGCGAGGGGAGCCAGCAACCACAAGACACAGGAAUGAACGCACCAGAUCCAAAUCUACGUGCGCAGGACUUGCUCGAGACGUUCCCGCGACACGUCCUCAACAAGGCACGUUCAUUCCAGGAGUACAUGCGCUGUCUGGGGAACAGAGGCGGUGGUACGAAAUCAUACGUGAAUGAGCAGCUGAAGGCACUCCUGGACGAUGUGGUUGGCGUGAACGAUAUGGAGGAGAGCGUGAAAAUGGAUAUUUUGAGCGAUAGGGAUACCAGGCGGGUAAGUUGGCCUUCGCUUACCAUUCGAUGAAGAGUUGUGAAAUUGACUUUUGAACUUUUCAGACGCUCGUCACGUUAAGCAUCGAGAAAUCGCUGAUGGAGCUUAUGACUAUUGCGGAGGAGGCAAUUGCAGCGAUGAAUGACCGUGACCGUGUUUCUGCGGCCUUGGAUCAAGGGCGGGAAGAUGCUGAUGUUGAUGUU